AUGGCUUUGGUGCCCACUCGUUUAGACUCGUUUCACAGCUCAGUGUACAAGCUCCAUGUCUCCACUCGCCUCCAUUCCCUCAGGUACUCCUCUUAUAAUCCUUUCAACAAACACAAAGUCAUUGCAUCUUACGAGAGUAAUUCAGCCAAUUUAAACCGAACCCCCCCAAAGAAGUCCAAAAUUGUUCUUAGAAACAACAAGAAUGAAGUGGGUUCGAUUGCUAAAUCACCGAUUUCACAGUCCAAACCUGAUAGUGGUGGUUGGUUGGAGAAAUGGGAUGACACCCACAAGCAAAAUUGGCCUAAACAGGCUGAAACAGUGUUUAAUUAUCGAUAUAGGGAUGACCACGAGAAUUCCGAUUAUGGAAAUAGUUAUGAUAGUGAUAGUGAUGGUGUACACGCUAGUAGCAGUGGUAGUACGAUGGAAAGAAUUGUGGAGAAAUUGAAGAAAUUUGGGUAUGUUGAUGAUGUUAAGGAGAAGAAAAAGAUUGAAAUUGAGAAGGGAUCAAUUGAGGAUAUAUUUCAAAUUGAGGAAGGGGUUUUGCCGAAUGCAAGAGGUGGGUUUUCGCCUGAAUCACCUCUUGGUGUUGAAGAUGUGUUUAGGGGUAGUAAUGGGAAAGUGAGAUUUCCAUGGGAGAAGCCAUCACCUGAGGAUGAAGAGAAUAGGAAUUCAGUGAGGCAAAAAAGUAAGACUUGUGUGGCUGAAUUGACACUUCCAGAGGCUGAGUUAAGGAGGUUGAGGAAUUUAGCUUAUCGGCUGAAGAACAAGACUAGGAUCACGGGUGCUGGUGUUACUCGAGAAAUGGUGGCUUUGAUCAAGGAUAAGUGGAAAUCAGCAGAAGUUGUGAAGCUGAAAAUUGAAGGAUCGGGUGCACUUAAUAUGAGACGGAUGCAUGAGAUAUUAGAGAGGAGAACUGGCGGGUUGGUGAUUUGGAGAUCUGGAAGCACGGUUGCUCUCUAUAGAGGCGUAGGAUACAUAGAUCGAUCUAUAAGACAAAAGAAGCGUGAAUAUAACAAGGAAAUAUCCGAAAGAUCAUCUUUUUCUGAUCCUGAUUCUACAACUGGUUCAAUGGACGGUUUACAAGGCCAUGAGGACAACGAAGGUACCGAAUCAACAGCAGAAUUGGACUAUGAAAAAGAAGUGGACAAACUCUUAGAGGGGUUGGGGCCGAGAUACACGGAUUGGCCAGGAUGUGAUCCCCUACCCGUGGAUGCAGAUUUACUCCCAGGAACAGUCCAUGGAUACCAACCACCUUUCAGAAUACUUCCAUAUGGGGUGAAAGCUACACUUAUAGGAAGGGAGGCUACUAAUUUACGAAGGCUAGCAAGAUUUCUCCCUCCACAUUUCGCUUUGGGUAGAAGCAGACAACAUCAAGGUUUGGCGGCGGCAAUAGUUAAGUUGUGGGAAAGGAGUUCGAUUGCAAAGGUUGCGCUAAAACGUGGUGUCCAACUAACUACAAGUGAGAGAAUGGCUGAAGAUAUCAAGAAAUUAACAGGAGGCAUACUUCUCUCUAGAAACAAAGACUUCUUGGUGUUCUACAGAGGAAAAGAUUUCUUGUCACCAGAUGUUUCAGAAGCGUUACUAGAAAACGAGAGGCUGGCAAAAUCUUUACAAGACCAAGAAGAGCAAGCGCGGUUGAGAGCCGCGACUUUUCUCAUACCGAGAGUUGAAACACAAAACCACUCAGGAUCCGCUGGUACCCUCAGUGAGACUCUCGAUGCAAAUGCUAGGUGGGCGAAAAGACUGGAUGGUAAUCACAAACAAAAAGUGCUUCAAGAAGCGGAGACACUUAGACAGGCCAACCUUAUCAGAAAGCUCGAGAGGAAGCUUCGUUUCGCUGACCGAAAGCUCAUGAAAGCCGAACGAGUCUUAUCAAAGGUGGAGGCAUUUCUAAAUCCAGUCGAUAAUCCCGCAGAUCCAGAAAGCCUCACUGAUGAGGAAAGAUUUAUGUUUCGGAAGCUUGGUUUAAGGAUGAAAGCUUUCUUGCUCCUUGGUCGUCGUGGAGUGUUUGAUGGUACAGUGGAGAAUAUGCAUCUUCAUUGGAAGUACCGUGAGUUGGUUAAGAUCAUUAUAAAGACGACAGACUUUGAGGAGGUUAAAAAUAUAGCAUUAUCGCUUGAAUCCGAGAGCAACGGUGUAUUAGUGUCGGUCGAUAAAGUUUCCAAGGGAUAUGCCAUUAUUGUGUUUCGGGGUAAGGAUUAUAGUCGGCCUUCUUCACUAAGACCAAAGAAUUUGCUAACGAAAAGGAAGGCUUUGGAACGUUCGAUUGAGCUUCAACGACACGAGGCUCUUAUGAAUCAUAUUUCGACUUUGCAUACUAGAAUCCGCAAAUUGCAAUCUGAAAUUGAACAUGUUUCAACUGUAAGAAACGAAGGAGAUGAAGAGUUAUACGACAGAUUAGAUGCGACAUAUUCCACCGAAGACGAGGAUAGUGAGGACGAAGGAGAAGAUGUCUACCUUAAUUCAUACGAUAGUGGAAACGACACAGAAGAUGAAAGUGAUCAUAAUCCUCAUUUGGAAGGUCCAGAAACAGAUUCUUCUGAUCAUCAACUAGUCGUUUCUGGUGCACUGUACUUGAGAAUCGAUGAAGGGCAUACACGAGAAGAUUGAUUUCGUAUGCGUCUAGUACGUCUUCCGGAAAGCUCGUUCAUCAACAACGUAGAUCAAGUCAUGUACUAGAUUAUAUCAUUGUACAUUGGUACUAUGAUUUUAUAAAGAUUGUCAAAAUUCUUAGGUGAAAAUGAUUGUUGGAGGAACUAAAUUGGUGUAAAUAUUUUGAAAACCAAUUAUUCAUGAAUUAUU